GCUCUUCCAGACCAAGUGCAGCAGCUGCCUGAAAGCCAUCGCUCCCUCCGAGCUCAUCAUGCGGGUGCUGGAGAACGUCUACCACGUCCACUGCUUCUAUUGCUGCGAGUGUGAGCGGCGUCUGCAGCGGGGAGACGAGUUUGUGCUCAAGGAAGGGCAGCUGCUGUGCCGCAGCGACUACGAGAAGGAGAAGGAGAUGCUGAGCGCCAUCAGCCCCACGCCAACCGAGUCCGUGAAAAGCGAGGAUGAGGACGGCAGCCACUCGCACGGCAAAGGCAGCGAGGACAGCAAAGACCACAAACGCUCCAAGCGCCCGCGCACCAUCCUCACCACGCAGCAGAGGAGGGCGUUCAAGGCUUCCUUUGAGGUCUCCUCCAAACCCUGCAGGAAGGUGAGGGAGACCCUGGCGGCGGAGACGGGGCUGACGGUGCGGGUGGUGCAGGUGUGGUUCCAGAACCAAAGAGCAAAGAUGAAGAAGAUUGCCCGCAGGCAGCAGCAGCAGCAGCAGCAGCAGGAGCAGGAGCAGAUGGGCAAUCCUCGCCUGGGGUCCGGGAGGGGGACCGGGCGCAGCAGCAGGCAGAGCAACGACGACAGCGAAGAUGGUGCAAGCGUUCACGGCCUGGAUGGGCUGAUGGUCCCAUAUCCCCGGCUCCCCCAGCAGCAGCUGCUGCCCCUGGACCAGAAUGGCUACAGCACGGACCUCUACAGGCAGGGCCUCACCCCACCACAGCUGCCUGGAGACCACCUGCACCCCUACGAUUCAGAAGGAGUUUUCCAUGACAUGGACAGCGAGAGCAUCAGCCACCUGGGGGACUGCCUGCUGUCGACGGCUGAAGCCAACCUCCUGCAAGCCCGCGUGGGCAACCCCAUCGACCGACUGUACUCCAUGCAGAGCUCCUACUUCACCUCCUGA